AUGUCGAGCUCCGAAGACCGAAAGCGCUCCCUGGUCGCAUCCGCCGAUGACGGGCCUCGAAAGCGUUUGCAUUCGGACGAGAAUGCAUCGCGCUCGCCCGUUGGUGCCAGCGACGACCAGGAUGACGAAGCCCUUCAUCCCGCUUACGCCGGCCUCGAUGCUUUCAGAAAGGAGGCCAUCUACCGCAAGAUGCUCGAGGCCAGGAGGGACUUGCAACGCGUCGAGCGCAGAGCAGCUGCAUACCACGACGACCUCGCUGUCUCGGAAAAGCGUGCCGCCAUCCUCCAGCGAUUCUGGGGCCUGCUUCUCACCGAUCUCGCCAACCGUCUAGCCAUCCGUGACCAGCAGGCUCUGGCUUCCCUCGCCUCUUCCGAGCGUCCGCUCGAGCCUUCCACCAUGGAGAAGCAGCUCCAAGAUCAGUCCGCCCUCAUCCUCCAGUCUCUCUCCAACCAGGCCGACGGCGAUCUUGCCGAUCUUCAACAAAGAUAUCACGAUCUCGCAGAAGAAGCCUCCCGCCACAAGCAGGACCUCUUCCUCACCCAGUCCAAGCUUCAGCGAGCCGAAGACGCCCUUGCCCACGCCACACAGAAACUCUCCAAAGUCGAACACGAGUACGUUCGCUACCAGAGCAACCUGCUGCGCGCCACAGAAGGCAAGCCUACCGUGCCAGCCGGUACCACCGUCGAUGCGUCUGCACCCCCUCCAACAUCAUCCGCUCCGACAGACGUGUCCGCUGUCACCGUCAAGAAGGAGGAAGGUGAGGCUUCGAACGCAGAGGCCAGCGUCGAGCAGUCAGAGGCCCUGCAAAAGGCAACCGAUCAACUUGAAAGCGCACGCCAGGACGUCGAACUUACACGGCGGGAGAGCGAUUCGAGAUAUGCCGAGAUUCAGACGCUCAACGAAGAAGUCAGAUCGCUCAAGCACAGGCUGCACGAAACCCAGCUCAAGCUGGAUCACCUGCCAGAAGACGUGCUCGUCCGCUCAGCGCUCUACCGCGAACUCGAGACGGCGUAUCAGCACGCCCAACAAGACCUCCAAGGCGUCAGGGACUCGAUGCACACGCUCGAAACCGAGGCGAAUGCGCUUCGUGAAGAGCGCGCCGCGUUCCAGCAGACCGUAGAGGCAGAGGCCAGCGCCAGGACCGACGAGCUGGAGAAGAUGGUCAAGGCCAAGGAGGCCGACGUCACACGCCUCCGCAGCCAGAGAGACGAACUCAAUGCCGAGCUGACCGAGCGCCGGUCGCGCGAGCAAGUCAAGUUCACCCAGAUCGAGGAGAUGAAGGCGUUGCUCAACAGCAAGGAGGAGCGCCUCACGCUGCUCACCAGCCAGGUCCGACGUCUCCGCAUGUCCGUCUCUGCAUUCCGAGGUCAGUCGGCUGGCGUCACAGCACUGGCAGAGACCGAGUCCGAGGAGGACCAGUUCGAGAAGCUCAGCCGCGCGGCUCAGGAGGCGCAGGCACGCAUUGCCGAGCUCGAAAAGCGCUUCACUUCAGCGGAUACCCCCGCAGACGGCGCCGCCGUCAACGGAACCACGAGCGCUGAUCAGACGGAGGAGGUGGAACGUCUGCGUCUGUCGCUGCAGGCGGCCGAAGCGUCGAGCAAGGCGGUGGACGACGAGCUGGAAAAGAUCAGUGCCGCGUACGCCGAGUUGGAGAGGCAGGCAUCGGUCAAGGUGACCGACGUGAGCCGCAUGGAGGAGAAGGCGCUGCGCUGGGUGACGGAAAAGUCCAAGGCGGACAACAAGUACUUUUCCACCAUGCGUGCCAAGGAAACUCUGGAUGCCGAGCUGCGCGCGGUCAAGCAGGUCAACGAGCGUCAGCAAAAGACGAUCGAGAUGUUUGGCGAGGUGGAGCGCAGCUACAGCACGCAGCUCGGACAGCACGAGAAGGAGGUGACGGUGUUCAAGAAGGCCAUCGAGGUGCACAGCCGUCGCAUCGAGGCGUUGUCGCGCGACUUGGAGCAGGCCAACGCGCGGCUGGCCGAGGCGGCGCAGACGAGUGCGCGGGCGAGCGAGUCUGCCAAGGAGUUCAUCGAUGCCGCCACGACGGAGAAGGACCAGCGGAAGCGUGCGGAGGAACGCAUUGCUCGGCUGGAAAAGGACCUGGAGAGCGCCAAGAGGCAGAUGGCUCGGGCGGCGGCGUCGGCGGCCAAGAACAAGGGCAAGCGCGAGACGGAUGCGGGCGACGGCAGCGAGAAGGACUUCCUCAACGCGCUGCUGCAGUGCUCGUCGUGCAAGGAACGCUACCGAAACCGCAUCCUGACAAAGUGCUACCACACCUUCUGCGCGGUGUGCAUCGACACGCGCGUCCACACGCGCCAACGCAAGUGUCCGCACUGCGGAUUGGCGUUUGCCGUGAGCGACGUGCAGCAACUGUUCCUACAGUAG